AAAGGAAAACCCACAAACAACUCAACAUCACAUGUGAAUAAAGCUAUCUUCAAAUCAAUAACAUCAGAUGCAUGUCUAGUGCUUUUGCCUUCAAGCAACUAUCGUAAGCAUCAUUGCGAUCUCAUUUCCUUCUUAAUCUCUCUCUCUCUCUCUCACACACUCAACUAUGAAAACAGUGUUCCCAACCUUGUGUUUCUUAAUUUUUACAACAUAUCUGAUCCCACCAAGGUUUGUCCUCGCUAACUCAUGCCGAUCAUACUGUGGGAACAUAACCAUAGAUUACCCGUUCGGGCUCCAAUACGGCUGCGGCCACCCGGGCUUUCGGGACCUUCUCUUCUGCAUGAACGACAUUCUAAUGUUUCACGUAAGCUCUGGGUCUUACAGAGUUCUGGAAAUAGACUACGCAUACCAGUCUCUCACUCUUCACGAGCCUCACAUGUCGACUUGCGACACAAUUGUGCUCGGAGGUACCGGCAACGGCUUCUCGGUGGAGCCUUGGCGGGAGGCGUAUAUGAAUCCGACCGCCGACAACGUCUUCAUGCUAAUAGGUUGCUCAGCCGAGUCACCUCUGUUCCAAGGUUUCCCAGAGAAGCACGUACCGUGUCGAAACGUUUCAGGUAUGGGCUGUGAGGAGUACUACGGGUGCCCGGCAUGGGACAGGGUGGGCCACAAACGGUUCGGGUCGACGUAUUUUGGGUCAGGCCCACCAGCAUGUUGUGCCAUACCCUUCGAGGCGAUUAAGGCUAUUAACCUAACCAGGCUUCAGUGUGAAGGGUACAGCAGUGCUUACAAUCUUGCACCGCUGAGACUAGAUGGGCCGGGAGGGUGGUCGUAUGGGAUCCGAGUGAAGUAUUCGGUGCAAGGGAACGACGAUGAGUUUUGUGGAGCGUGUGAGGCAACAGGUGGCACGUGCGGCUAUGGUUCAGAUGGGAUCAGGCAAGUCUGUAUGUGUGGGAACUCCAAUUCAACCUCCAACUGCGAUUCAGGAAGCGCAUCAACAGUGACAAGGCCUAUAACGCCCAAAAUGGUCGUAGGAUUAUUGACGUACAUACUGAUGUGGAUGACAAGCAAAAAGAUUUGAAUAAUGCCAUAUGAGGCUACCAACAAAACCUGACUCAUGGGUCCCAUAUUGUAAAUGUCAUAAUUUGUGUUUGGCACAUGCACAUACGCUUUAUGAGUAUAUUCUCGUGUCAGUCGUUCCUAUAUUUUUCAUGGUAUUUGGCUCAGAUCGAGUUUUGGUGAGUGUUUCUGUACUUCCUAUUCCCAGUGAUGGACAUAAAAUGCCAUGCAUGAUAUUUGUCCACAGGAUCAAAUUUGAGAAAUGAUUCCUGUGAACAGACUACAAAGUUCCAAUCCUUCUAACCAUUCGAAAACUUUUUCAGUGGAUUAUUACUUGAACAAGCCAUGACACAAAUGGCACUCGUAUGCAUACAGCAAAAGGACAAACAGGCCCUUGUUAGAAGAUUUAAGCAUAUUCCAAGGCGGAAUCCUCUUUAUAUUUCUGCAAUGAUCGAGAAAUGAAAUCAGCAAAUUGUGACCAUUGGAAAGAAGUGAAUUCAGGUCCAGAAUUUACUUACAAUUGAUAUAUCUUUCCACAAGUUGAGAGUUUUGAGGGCCUUUCCUGAUUGCUGUGUUUCACGAGCCACAGACACUCCUUCUGCUAGGUUCCUCACGCAGCCGCCGACCAUGAGAGCUGCUGCAGCAUUCAGAAUCUUGCCAUUUUUUGUACAGAAAAAAACAAUGGAUAUUAAGAGGCAAGUACGUAAACAUUUUGAAUAGCUAGGCUUGCAGAUUAUAACAUCCUAGCUACAGUUGAAAUCAAAGCAUCUUCGUUUAUUUAUUGCUA